AUGCUAGAGGGAUCCACAGAAGAGCUCCACAGCAGCCAACCCUGUGAGAGCCAAGUGACUGAGCCUGCUGGGCUGCUGGCUCCCAGGAGCAGCAGGACACUGGUGACAGGAGGUGGAGGCUACCUGGGAUACAAUCUGGGAUGUGCCCUUGUUAGCUCUGGAAUUGCUGUUGUGCUGUUUGAUGUUCGGAAACCAAAAUGGGAAAUUCCAAGCGGAGCGGAUUUUUUCAAGGGUGAUGUGAGGGAUUAUGAAGCAGUGUUCAAAGCAUGUGAAGGGGUUGACUGUGUUUUCCAUGUGGCUGCAUGUGGAAUGUCAGGAUUGGAACAACUUCAAAAGAAAGAUCAGAUUGAAUCCAUAAAUGUUGGAGGCACAAAAAUAAUAAUUGAUGUCUGCAAACAAAGAAAUAUCCCUAGACUGAUAUAUACCAGUACAGUGAAUGUGGUGUUUGGAGGGAAGCCUAUUGAAGAAGGAGAUGAAGAAACUGUACCUUAUUUUCCACUGGAAAAGCAAUUUAAUCAUUAUUCCAGAACCAAGGCAAUUGCAGACCAAAUGGUUCUUGCUGCUAAUGGAACUUUACUCAAAGGAGGGGACAAGCUCCACACGUGUGUGCUUCGCCCGCCGGGCAUCUAUGGACCAGAAGAGCAGCGGCACCUGCCUCGAGUAGCCAUAAAUAUCCAAAGGAGACUCUUUAACUUCAAGUUUGGGAAUCACGAAGUUCAGAUGAACUGGGUUCACAUAGGAAAUCUAGUGCAAGCUCAUUUGCUGGCUGCUGAGGCUCUCACCUCUGAGAAGGGCUAUGUAGCUAGUGGUCAGGCUUAUUACAUCCACGAUGGUGAAAAUGUCAUCUUCUCUGAGUGGAUUGUGCCUUUGUUUGAAAAAUUAGGCUACAGGAAACCUUGGAUACAUAUUCCUGUUCUCCUGGCUCAUAUAGCAGCUGCUGUGAUGGAAUAUCUGCACCUGAUACUAAAGCCAGUUUUUAGCUUUACACCUUUCUUGACAAGGAAUGAGGUGUGGAAUGUCACUGUAACUCACACUUUCCGAAUAGACAAGGCACGAAAUCAACUCGGUUACAAACCAAAGAAAUUCUCAUUUGCUGAUUCUGUGGAUCAUUAUCUAAAAACAAGACCUACCUGCCAAGAAGAUCACACUUUCCUUAAAAUGCUGUUUGUUUUUGGCACUUUGUUAAGUUUGAUCAUUCUUUCUUUCUUCUAA